CAAAGAGGAGACUUAACCUUAACCAGCAAGAGUAUUUCCUCUGUUCUCCAGGAGCCGAGCCUUUCGAAGUCAACAGGUGUAAAUUGGACAACAAAAAUCCUUCAUCAGCCUUUGUCAACAGAAGUCAUCUGACAUCCCCUUCGGUUUGAGACCAUGGACACAGCUGCGAUGGUGACUCUUCUGGCUCUGGUUGUGGCGAUGGCCGGCGUCAGUCGGGCUCUUCACAUCCAAGGCAGUCUGGGCAAAAAUGACGUCCUGCCAGACUCAGAGGAGAACAUGGUCGACCACCUGCUGGGGCUGGAAAAUGAAGACACAGAUGACAGCAUUGAUGAUCGUCUGCUGACCGCGGCGCUGAAAGCUCUGCUGCUCGGAUCUCAGAGAGAAACCAGGAACUCUGUCCUCCAUCAGCCACAGAGGUUUGGCCGUGGCUCCAGAGUGCAGGUAGUGUCGGAGGAUCAGAUACAUUCCCGUGACCGGGAGGCUGCCCCCGGUCAGAUCUGGAGUAUGGCCGUGCCCCAGAGAUUCGGCAAGAAAUAAUCCACGCAUCAAUGUCCUGGCAUGAGGCCAAGCGGCGGUGCAGCUGUGGAGAGACAAAAUUUGAAUGAAUAAAUCUGAAUAAUAUUACGAAUGAUAAUACACUUUGUUUUUCAAAAUUGUCUCAUCCCAUUUUGCCUUGUUUGACACGUUUAGUUAAAGAUGACAUGAGCUUAAUUUCACUGUUUUUCUUUCUAAUUUCCAGCACAGCAUGUUUUGAGGUCCUUGAGGUUUUGUGAGCAGACCUCAUUUAUCCCGACUAGAAUGUUAUUUAGGACCAAAAGUGUUUGCUGUUAUUUGAACAGUACAUUUUCUGUUGUUCUCUCGUUAAA